GGGAGGCAGGAGAGGCUGAAGCUCAGCCACAGAUGCUGCUGGUCUGGGCCCCUUUUGGGCUGGAGCCCACAUUAGCUUCUCCAGCUGGAGCUAGCAAGAGAGGCUGUGCUCAGUCUGCUGGUGGCUGCCUGAAACAGCGCCACAGGCUGCUGCUGAGCUGGCAGCUUUUGGAAGGGACUGAAUUCCUGGCCAGAAACCCCUCAGCCCGCCCCGCCCCCCCCCCACCUUGGACGAUCUGGGGCUGGGCAUCGUCUCCUUUUUGAUGUUAAGUAGUUCCCUCCAGAGCACUGACUUCCAGGUGGUCAUCAAGGGAAACAGAGCGCUCCCCACACUGGAGAUGAGGGAGGAUGACAGUUUCUGAGAGCUCCUGGUAACGGCUUGGAGGUGCCUCUACCCUUUCCAAAAUGCCUUUUAAAGCAUUUGAUACCUUCAGAGAAAAAAUUCUGAAGCCCGGGAGGGAAGGAGUGAAGACUGCGGUGGGAGAUUCACUGAGGAUUUUACAAAGAAAAAUCGAUGGGACCAAGGAAGAAGAAGAUAGCAUAGAGCUGAGCGAGGAAGGGCAGCCAGUGCGGACCCCCAGGCCCCGGCCCCCGCUCUGUGACUGCCACUGUUGUGGCUUCCCUAAGCGCUACAUCAUUGCCAUCAUGAGUGGGCUGGGCUUCUGCAUCUCCUUUGGGAUUCGGUGCAAUCUUGGCGUUGCAAUCGUGGAAAUGGUCAACAACAGCACCGUGUAUGUAGAUGGAAAACCAGAAAUUCAGACAGCACAGUUUAACUGGGACCCGGAGACUGUGGGCCUGAUCCAUGGAUCUUUUUUCUGGGGUUAUAUCGUGACGCAAAUCCCAGGUGGUUUCAUUUCAAACAAGUUUGCUGCUAACAGGGUCUUUGGAGCCGCCAUUUUCUUAACGUCGACUUUGAACAUGUUCAUCCCUUCUGCGGCCAGAGUGCAUUACGGCUGUGUCAUGGGCGUCAGAAUUUUGCAAGGUCUGGUGGAGGGUGUGACCUACCCAGCCUGCCAUGGGAUGUGGAGCAAGUGGGCACCACCCUUGGAGAGAAGCCGACUGGCCACCACUUCUUUCUGUGGGUCCUACGCGGGGGCCGUGGUUGCCAUGCCCCUGGCGGGGGUAUUGGUGCAGUACAUUGGAUGGGCCUCGGUCUUUUACAUUUACGGUAUGUUUGGGAUUAUUUGGUACAUGUUUUGGCUGCUGCAGGCCUACGAGUGCCCAGCAGCUCACCCAACAAUAUCUGAUGAGGAAAAGACUUAUAUUGAGACCAGUAUAGGAGAAGGAGCCAAUUUGGUUAGUUUAAGUAAAUUUAAUACACCAUGGAAAAGAUUUUUCACUUCGUUGCCAGUUUAUGCAAUCAUUGUGGCAAAUUUUUGCAGAAGCUGGACCUUUUAUUUGCUCCUAAUAAGUCAGCCUGCUUAUUUUGAAGAGGUCUUUGGAUUUGCAAUAAGUAAGGUGGGUCUCCUGUCAGCGGUCCCACACAUGGUGAUGACGAUUGUUGUGCCUAUCGGAGGACAACUGGCUGAUUAUUUAAGAAGCCGAAAAAUUUUGACCACAACGGCUGUCAGAAAGAUCAUGAACUGUGGAGGCUUUGGCAUGGAGGCAACUUUGCUCCUGGUGGUUGGCUUUUCCCAUACCAAAGGGGUGGCCAUCUCCUUUCUGGUGCUGGCUGUAGGAUUUAGUGGCUUUGCUAUUUCAGGUUUUAACGUCAACCACCUGGACAUCGCCCCUCGUUAUGCCAGCAUUCUCAUGGGGAUCUCCAAUGGAGUGGGGACCCUCUCUGGGAUGGUCUGUCCCCUCAUAGUCGGUGCAAUGACGAGGCACAAGACCCGGGAGGAAUGGCAGAACGUGUUCCUCAUAGCUGCCCUGGUGCACUACAGCGGGGUGAUCUUCUAUGGGGUCUUUGCUUCCGGGGAGAAACAGGAGUGGGCUGACCCUGAGAAUCUUUCAGAGGAGAAACGUGGAAUCAUUGACCAAGAUGAACUGGCCGAGGAGACGGAACUCAACCACGAGACUUUGGUGAGUCCCAGGAAGAAGAUGUCUUAUGGAGCCACCACCCAGAACUGUGAAGUCCUGAGGAAGGAGGGGAGAGCACAGAGCCGAGCAGCCUCAGAGGAGGAAGAGCCCAUAUCCUACCAGAACGAAGAAGGAAGCUUCUCAGACACACGUAGUGUCUUCUCACCUUAGAACCAGAAAGUACCCAUACCUACUGCUUUCCCCAUAGCCUGGCUUGCCAGGGGACCAGAUGUGCGGACACUGGAGGAGGGAGGGGAGGAAAGAUUGAACCAGCAUCACAGAAAAGAGAAAUACUAUCUUGCAAGGACAUGAGUAUGCUGCUUGCCCUGAGUUGAUAAGAUAGUUGUUCAUAAUUAUUUUAUUCUGGAUUGGCAGUUGGUUCUUCUCUCAAAGAACUGAACUUGUUCAGAAAAGAAUGAGUAGAAGAAUAAGGAAGACAAUACCAUGUUGUUCAAAGAAAUAGUGAAGGCAAUGGGGAUGCUGGGCCAGGGAGAGAGGAAAUGAUGGCUGCCACCACAUCAGCCAUGUAGAGGAGGGUUUCCUGUUCCAACAAAGGCCACCACUCACGGAGCCCCACUGUUGUGCCAGGUGCUUUAUAAACAUCCGUAUUUAAUCUCCACAACCCCACAGCAUACAUUUAUUAUCCUCAUUUUACAACUAAGGGAUUGACUUGCCUAAGGUCUUUCUGCCAGAGCUGCUUCUGAGAUUGGUGAAGCCCCAAAUAACUGGAAGUUUUAGGAAAGACAAUUUCAGCUCAGUGAAAAGAACACAUUUUUUUAAAUAAUGAAAACUGAAGAUGGGAUGAGUUACUCAUAGGCAAUUUUCUGUUUGGGCAGGGGUGGGAGAUGGGAAAUAUUCGAGCUGACUUGGCUGAGGGGAUUGAUUCACACGUUUAUUACAUGAGGUUCUGGAUCCAAAGACCCCGAGCAUUUUCUGUUAUUGGAAGAGUCAAUGAUUCGGUGAAUUUACAGGUUUUAUUUUUAUUUUUAUUUUUUAAUUUAUAUAUUAAUUGGUACAUUUUAGGUAUACAAUACAUUUACACUUAUCAUUGGGUGCUUGUACCUGAAC